GGUUCACGGGCCAGAACUGUGAGGAGAACAUCAAUGACUGUCCAGGCAACAACUGCAAGAACGGGGGCACUUGCGUGGACGGCGUCAACACCUACAACUGCCAGUGCCCACCCGAGUGGACAGGUCAGUACUGCACCGAGGACGUGGACGAGUGCCAGCUGAUGCCCAACGCCUGCCAGAACGGGGGCACCUGCCACAACAACCACGGUGGCUACAACUGCGUCUGCGUCAACGGCUGGACAGGCGAGGACUGCAGCGAGAACAUCGACGACUGUGCCAUGGCCGCCUGCUUCCACGGGGCCACGUGCCACGACCGGGUAGCCUCCUUCUACUGCGAGUGCCCCCAUGGCCGCACGGGUUUGCUGUGCCACCUCGAUGACGCCUGCAUCAGCAACCCCUGCAACGAGGGCUCCAACUGCGACACCAACCCCGUCAAUGGCAAAGCCAUCUGCACGUGUCCUUCGGGGUACAUGGGGCCAGCCUGCAACCAGGACGUGGACGAGUGCUCGCUGGGAGCCAACCCUUGCGAGCAUGCAGGGAAGUGCAUCAACACCCAGGGGUCCUUCCAGUGCCAGUGCCUGCAGGGCUACUCGGGCCCUCGCUGCGAGAUCGACGUCAAUGAGUGCCUCUCCAACCCCUGCCAGAACGAUGCCACCUGCCUGGACCAGAUUGGGGAGUUCCAGUGCAUCUGCAUGCCCGGUUAUGAGGGGGUUUACUGCGAGAUCAACACGGACGAGUGUGCCAGCAGCCCCUGCCUGCACAAUGGCAACUGCCUUGACAAGAUCAACGAGUUCCACUGCGAGUGCCCCACCG